CACUUUGACUUGAAUACAGUUAAUGAUAAUGUCCAUGUACAGUGAUAGAGGAUUAUGAGUAUGCUGUAGAAAAUGCUGAGAAGAGAUCCACCCAACAAGACUGUCCAGAGUGGGAAAGGUAGCAUGAAUACCUGGAGCUUCCAUGAAUGAAACAACAGGGAAUCUUUUUACUUGGAUUCUGACUCUGAUUUAUCUUAACAUAUUGGAAAAUAGAACAAUGCCUGCUAGUACAGACCAUGUAAAUGUUGUGGAAACAACAGAAGCACUGUCUUCUACACUGCAACUCAGCCAGUUUUGGUACGAUACUGAAACUGCACUCCGUUUAGCCAAUGAGGCUGUAAGAGCAGCUGGAAGAAAUGGCAAGAUAGCAUGUGUUAGUGCUCCCAGCAUUUAUCAAAAAUUGAAAGAACUGAAUUACAAAGAUUUUUCAGCAUGUGUAUUGGAAUAUGAUCAAAGAUUUUCUGUACAUGGCACUGAUUAUGUUUUCUAUGAUUAUAAAAAUCCUUUGAAUCUUCCGGCCAACCUUGCAGCACACAGUUUUGAUAUAGUCCUAGCAGAUCCACCGUACCUGUCUGAAGAAUGUCUCAGGAAAACUGCUGAAACUAUAAAAUACCUAACUAAAGGAAAGAUUCUGCUUUGUACAGGUUCAGUCAUGGAGGAAUAUGCUGCAAAGUUUCUUGGAGUGAAGAUGUGCAAGUUUAUUCCGAAACAUACUCGAAACUUAGCUAAUGAAUUUCGUUGCUAUACAAAUUAUGAUUCUGGGCUAGAUUUUGAUUGUGUUUCUUGAUAACACCCAUAAAAAUCAGGAAAAUAUUUUGGUUGGGGCUGUUUUUCUUGUUCUGGUGAUGUGAACAUUACUUUUUUUAGAUAGUUUAUUUUUGUGUAUAAUACCCAACAGGCAAUUUGGGCUAAAAGAAUUCAGGAGAUUUUUGACAUAAUUUUGUCUGUCAUAAAAUGUGGUUUGCCACUUGCUACAGUGUAUAGAACUACUGAGCCUUUCUAAAAAGACUGGUCUGGUCAUUUAUGAACAUAACAGUUGCAUUAUAAAAUGGUAGAGAAAGUCUACUAUUUUACAGUAUAGCUGCUUUUACAAUCUUUAUUUAGUUUUCAUUGGUAGUCAUGGCCUGCUCCUGAUGGGUUAUUAGGCGUGAAGGAGAUAUAGAAUACAGGGUGGCCUUGCUGCCCCCUUUACUCUUUUCCCUGCCCACACCGAGCUUGCAGCCUGGUCCUGACUAGACAAGGCAAUCUGAAGUAGAGUAGAGGGCUCCUUCACCCUAAAAAAUUCCCAGAGUUCCUGUGGCCGGGUAAAGAGCAGACUCCAUGGUCUGCUGAGCAUGAUAGGGUUGGAGUAAAUGCCAUAAGCUCACCACCACCCAAGCUAGCCUCCUUUUAAAAAUAUUUUAAUCAUGUUGUACAACCUAGCGUUCUCAGACAGCCAAAUGAGGCAGUUGCAGCCACAAAUUUAAUUUGUACAGAGUGCUGAAAGAGUUUUUUUUAACCAACCCACACCCCUAAAUAAUUAUCUUUUUCAGAGCACAGCACUCUUAAAAAAAAACACCAAGUGAGGCUGCUUCAACCACAGUCUCAAUUUCUCCAGAAUGCCUUGGCCCUCAUGCAGGACUCAGGAGCAUUCUGGGAAAGUUACAGGUCAUGGUAGCUGCUGCCUAUCUGGUGCUUCUCUUUGGAAUGCCAAGCUCUCUGUUGCUGCAAGUUCUUUGUGCUGCUCACUAUGCUUGUGCUGCUACCCCACCACCUCUUAGCAAGCUUGCAGGGGACUCACUAGGCCAGUCUUAUCUAGGUUACCCUUAAACCUGGUGCUGGUGCCAUAAAGCACUAAAAGCUGAAUUUUGAUCUGGUUUCUGCACUAUAUCUGUUGCAUCACACUACCCUAAUUCACUUGUUCUCUGUUUCAAAGCUUGACAGCUUUCAAAGCUUGGUACUGAUCAAAAUUCACUUUCUAAACUUUGUCAUUUUGAGUAAAGAUGGCACUUAACUCAUGUUUCUGUGAAUUAAUUAUAUAAAUGACAGAACUAACAUUUGCCUUAUCCUCAUCACCUAAAAUAUGUUCUCUUGAUAUAGUACAUUUUAAAAUAUUUCAGUUUAGAGAUGUACUUUAUCCCUGAAGUGCUUCCUUAAUUUAACACAUUUAGAAAUGUGCUAUCGUUUCAGCAUGUUUGAAAAUUUCAAACAUUUUUCUGCUUGAGUCGUAUAAUAAGAUACGCUUUUUUCAUUAUGAAUUGCCACCUUGUAAUUUAGAUCUGUGAUAAAUUAUUGCUAUGCUUAAAGAGGAAAAGUAUGUUUUAUUAAGUUGUUAAAAUGUUGCACAGAAAUUAGAGACUGUACUGUGCAAAUGCUAUGUCACAGGUUGUUUUUUUAAAUACUUUAAUAGGUUAUUAGGCUGACACAUUAAUUUUCCAGAUGUAUUAUAAACCUGAUUUUCUCAUGUGGCUAGGUAGCAAAAUAUUUAUUUCCUAAUUAGGAUGAGUGUGGCCCUCCUCAAAUAUCCAGCACGUGUCUUGCAGUAUUUUACCCUACAAAAUAGGAGCUAAUUAAAUUUUCGUUUGGACUGGGCACAGGCCAUUAAGUGCUGUUUGUGCUAUGUUCAUUUCAUAGGGACUCAUUCAGUUACUCUGCUUAUGAACUUUUCUAAAGGAAAGUUGAAAUUCUAUGCACAGUAUUUAUUUCCUUUUGUUAAGCCUGAUUACUAUAUCUGCGGUAAGUUUCACUUAAUGAAUUAUGUGACAGGUUGAUCAUAAAUUAAUAUUUAUAUUUACCCUUUUAGUGUCUACUGCUAUCCAAAUAUUCAAUUCAGAUUGAAUUUUCUGCUUAAAACGUUUGGUUCCAUCCAAUAUCACAGAAGCAUGCUUCUCCUCUGCAUUUGUUCCAGAGUUGCCCUACUCUGUGUCAUACACUCAGCGGGCUGCACAGAGGAGCCGUGCUGUCUGUUCUAUUGGCAGACAUGAUUGGAUUUCACUUUAUGUUGUGCUUAUUGGAACAAAUACCCAUUAUUCUUUGUGGAUACAAUACUGAAGCAUUGAAAAUUGAAUAGCAGAACUCAGUGGUGCUUUUCACUGUACAUUUGAAUGCAUACGAUGCCCAAUUUGUUACGUUUCUCUAAUAUUUUGUAUAAAACAUGGUUCCUCUUCUGGCAUUUAUAAACAGAAUGAGGGGAGGGGUAGGAAUUGUUUCCACAUUUGUUUGUGUGGAGAACUUGUCUCACACAGCAGAUGUGAGAUCAGAUCUCCUAUGUUAGCUGCCAUUCACUUUUGUGACCAGAUGCCAAAGAGAAUGGCUACUUAAUAUAACUUUCACUACCCAAGGGAUGGGGCAGGUUUGGCCUGAAAAUGGCUUGCAGGGCUACCCCAUCUAGCCUGCCGGCUGCUUCUCCAGCCCUCUCUGUUCUCCAGCAGGGAAAGAUUUUAGUGCAUCUUAUAUCCUUCUUACCUCACUGUUCACAAUUGCCUCCUCAACCAUGAGUAUGAUGGUAACUCAGGAUAACACUUAGUACUUGAAGAAGUGAAUUGUAUUCAGCUGAAUGUUUCUCAUGAUUAGUUAAGGUGUCUUAAGUUCCCCUAUUUUAAUAUCAAAGCAUUGCUCCAGUCAAACAUGCAUGCUCGAUACUUUUUAGUAAAAACAGUGCCCUGGCUCAGUCCAACACUUGACUCCCUCAAAGACUGAAGAGAGCUUUUCACUGAGGCUCCCCAGCUUCAUCCCUGCCGCUGUCUUGUAAGAAAAGAUGAACAGAAGUUGAGGCUGAGCUCCUCCAUUGUUUGAACCAAACAAAUAGAAACAAAAGAGGUACUGUUUCCAGCCUUUUUGAUUCUACUUCUAGUCCAACUUUUAGAAGUUAUUCUCAUUCUCCAACUUGCCCAGCAGUCUUCUGUAAUCCUUCAAGAUAAAAUCUCACGUUCCCUACAGGACUUUAGCCUUGAUUUGUCCUGUGUCUGUUUUUUAAAGCAGUUGGAGCAAGGGGACUUGAAGUUGAACGCUCCAAAUAGUUAGGCAACCUUUCAUGUCAACACUUAGCAUUACUAUAGCAUCUCAACUGCUCAGCAUAGCAGCCGUGAAGGAUACAUUGUGCAGGUGACAGACAUCUGUGCUUUGACUUCACCGAAGGGUUUUAAAAUUUAACAUGAACUAUAUUCUGAAAUUAGAGAGCAGGAGAACAUUGGAUGCAUAUGCCUUGGCAUAAAACCUUUAGUAUUUGAGUCUGUUUUGUGUUCAGUAUCUCAAAACCCCAGACUGAGACCAUAUAUUGCCUAUUCUUUGAAAUCUUGCCCUUACUUAAGGCGCCAAGUACUCUGCUCUUUAGGUGGAACAGGUUUCUGUGAAUAAUAGAUCAAUCCUGCAUGCAAAUUCAUUUGCUAUCCCCACCUCCACAACGUAUUUCUGGCUUGUUCUUGCAUUGUUUUGCAGUGCAUUAUAUGCACUUCCUGCAGUAUAUGCACUCAUAGACAAAUUCAAAAUGUGAACCCAGGUGGUCACAGAUAUGUCCAAACAGCAAGUCCCCAAUAUUAUUUGUACAUUUUCCAGUGUUGAAGGUGAAGAAUAGCUUGAAGGGAAGAAAAUGAAAGCAGGGACCCACAUGACAACUGGAGGGCAAUGACAAACAAACUCAUCCACAGAAUUCAACAUGAAGAACAAGUCAUGGCAGAAUCCAGCAUCCCCACCCUGAGCUCUGACUGUGGGCCAACAACCACAGCCAACAUUUCGAAACCUUUCUGUGCUCCUUGGAAGCUUUUAAAAGCUCUCUUUAAAAGCAUGCCCCUUCCCUGAAGUUCCUUUGAAACUCCCACUGCUACCCAUCAUUCCCUAAAGUGGUUGGAAGACCUGGAAACUCUCAAGAUGUUGCUGAGGUACAACUCCUUACAUCACUGACAUGGUCACCUGGGCCAAAGUGUAGUCAACAUUGAGAGUGGCAUGGCAUAGUUGCAUAAAAUGUGCAACUACAGGUAAAGUGUUGGCUGUAUUCCACUCUACACUUAGGAUAUUGUAGUUCACAGAAAAAUUAUAAGAGUCAGAACUCUGAUGUGUGCUUUAUAAAUGCCAUAAAGAAGUUACAAACAUCUGAAUGCUUGAUGCUAGAUAUUAUUGUGUGAGGUUGUUGGAAGUGUUGUAAAAUUCUCCAUGUCAGUUCUAUAACACUCUGUCAGACUAUGUUCAAUACUCUGGAGAAUGACUCCAUUAUUUACACCACCAGCAUAUUUUAGGGUGAACCUUUUCAAAGGAAAACAUCCUGGCAUGAAAUAAAAAAAUCUCAAAAUA